GGAUGAGCGCUUGUCGAGGCCCAAUCAGCGCUUUUGUGUUGCCUGCCGGUGCCGGGACUGGUCGUGAGGAGCUACUGCAGCGCUUUAGGAUCGUAAAGUGAACCCGGGAGCUCGAGGAACCUGAAGGGGUAGAGGCGAGUCAGGAUGGAGAGGAUGUCUGAGGAGGCUCUGAGGCUCAACCUGCUGAAGCGGGGCCUGGAGGCGUCCGACGAGCGCGAGGAGGCCCUCGCCAAGCGCCUCAAGAUGGAGGGCCACGAGGCCAUGGAGCGCCUCAAGAUGCUGGCGCUGCUCAAGCGCAAGGACCUGGCCGCUCUGGAGGGGGCGGCGGCGGCGGCCGCGGUGGCAGCGGCCGGGGCCCUGGGGGAGGGCAAGGGCCCCGGGGGGAGCCACGGGGGCCUGGCGAUGGGGCCGGCGUCGGCCUUCGAGGAGAAGGUGAACGGGAGCCUGAGGCUGGGGGCCCACGGCGGACCCAGCAAGAACGGGAAGGAGAACAUGCUGGACGAGCCCGUGGACAUGACCGCCAGGAGAUGUGAGAUGGACCGCGAGCGACGCACGCCGUCCCCAGACUGCAUCAUCCUAUCGGACAACGAGGCCUCCAGUCCGCGGGGCACCCCUCGCCCAGAGGAGAGGCUGCAUCAAGCCAACCUGGAGAUGUUCAAGGGGAAGACUGGCGAGGAGCGUCAGCAGAUGAUCAAGGCGCUGCGGGAGGAGCUGCGUCUGGAGGAGGCCCGUCUGGUGCUGCUGAAGAAGCUCCGGCAGAGCCAGAUCCAGAAGGAGAACGUCGUCCAGAAGGUGCCGGUGGUCCAGAAUACCCCCUCGUCCGUGCAGCCGUCCCCCAUCCACAGCUCUCAGGGGAUGGGCAAGCUCCCUGCACGCCCUGGCCUACACACCCCCGAGCCCCAGAACCUGCGUACCGCACAGGGUCACACAGUCAUCAGGUCAGGGGCCAACGCCUCCCUGCCUCCGAUGAUGAUGUCGCAGAGAGUCAUUGCCCCCAACCCGUCCCAGCUGCAGGGCCAGAGGCUGCCCUCCAAGCCUGGCAUGGGCCGCAGCAUCUCUGGCAGCAUGGGCAACACUGUCAGCUACCAACAGGCCUCCAGCCAGCAGAUGGCAGCCUCCCAGCGUUCAGGCUCCUCCGCCAUCUACAUGAACCUCGCCCACAUGCAGGCGGCGGCGGCGGCCGGCGGCGUGGCGGGCGGCGUGGGCCUGGGGGCCGGCGGGGGCGUGGGGGCCGUCAGCCCCUCCACCAUGUCCGGCAGCGGCGGCGGCGGAGGAGGCAGCUCCAUGGCCGACCAGGCCAGCAGCCAGGCGGCCGCCAAGCUGGCGUUGCGGAAGCAGCUGGAGAAGACGCUGCUGGAGAUCCCGCCUCCCAAGCCUCCGGCGCCGCUGCUUCACUUCCUGCCCUCCGCCGCCAACAGCGAGUUCAUCUACAUGGUGGGCCUGGAGGAGGUGGUCCAGAGUGUCAUUGACAGCCAAGGUAAACUGCGGGGGGCGCUCUCACGCAUGGAACCCUUCUUCUGUGCCCAGUGCAGGACUGACUUUACACCCCACUGGAAGCAAGAGAAGGGCGGGCGCAUCCUGUGUGAACAGUGCAUGACGUCCAAUCAGAAGAAGGCUCUGAAGGCCGAACACACCAAUAGGCUGAAGAAUGCAUUUGUCAAAGCCCUGCAACAGGAACAGGAGAUCGAGCAGAGGCUGCAGCAGCAGGCUGCAUUGUCCCCCAGCACGGCGCACACGCUCCCCAACGUCAGCAAGGCCGAGACCAUGAUCCGACACCACGCCCUGCGUCAGGCUCCCCAGCCGCAGGCCUCGCUCCAGCGGGGGCUCUCCACCUCCGCGCGGGGCGUCCUCUCCAACUUCGCCCAGGCCUCCCAGCUCUCGGUCGCUAGCGGCCUGCUGGGCAUGGCGGGGAAGCGCUGUGGCAGUGGAGGAGGCGGGGGCAGCAGUAGCAGCAGCAGAGCCCAGCACGAUGGCCGGCGCCAGAUCUAUAACAUCCCCGGGUUGAAUAUUGCCUACCUGAACCCAGGAGCGGUCGGGGCUCACAAGGGCUCCAGCUUAGCGGACCGGCAGCGGGAGUACCUGCUAGACAUGAUCCCUCCACGCUCCAUAUCACAGUCCAUCUCUGGACAGAAAUGAGCUCCCCCCCCCCACCCACCACAAUGCCCUUACUCCCCCAAAUCCCCACCCUACAAGGACACCCCUCACCUGCCCCUCAUGAGAAAACCCCCCUGACACCCCCUCCCCCAUCGCAUGCAGUGCCUGUCCGUGUGCCUACCUAACUGACCCGUGAGAACCACACAAUCAGCCAGACAAAAGAAACCGCGCUGUCAGUGCACCGCAAGCUUUCUAUAGCAAAAUACUCUUCUCGCAGAAAUCGUAUUGGUUAGUGCUACUAUUGUUGAAGUUGUUAGUGCUCAUUAUUAUUAUUAUAACUACCAUUAUUGAUUCAGUUACUCUUACUAUUAUGCUUAUUGUUAUGCUUAGUAGUGUUUCUUUUUUUUCGUUAAGGAGGGGUUACACAAUUGCAGGAUUGCUUUAGGUUUGGUUAGAUUUUCUUUUAGGGUCUCAACCCUUAAUAUUCUCCAUAAGGGUUCUUUAUUGUCAGGCUUUUUGAAGUCAUCAACUCCUGUAAUGGACUGGUUUCUAAUGACAUUUUUACACAGGAAAGAGACAAACACACUUCUAUUACAGAAACAUCCAAAAGAACCGGAUUGAACUGGUCUAAAACAUUUGAGCGGACCAACCACCAGGAUGGAUCCUAGCUAGAUAGUCUAACUUUGUUUGACAGUGUUAAUUGAAUUUGAACUUGAAGACAGAAUUGACACCAGAGUGGAUAAGUGGGCACUAAGGAGCAGUUAGAAAAGAAGAAAAAAAAUCAAUGAACUAAGCCCAGGAAAGUCUCCUGUUCUACCCAGUGGGACCUGCUGAGACACCGGAGGGGCCAUGGCCUUGGCUUGCAGAGAUGAGCGAGGAGAUUUCUGCCCCUAUUGCCCCAUCUCGCUACUCAGCACUGACUGCAUAAUGGGGCCACAAAAGCUGUCCCCAAUAUCACCUGUUGCCCCCUCAAUGCCUUCGCUUUCAGAGUAUGCAGAGACUUGAACCCUUUCUACUCAACUGUUCCUUGUGGUACCAUGUAUUUUUAAGAGGGCAUGUGAAACUGCCCCUGACCACAGACUGGAUAACAUUUUUUGUUUUCAUUUCUUUGUUUUAGGGCUUUCCUAAAUGAUGUUUUCUUUUUUGCGGCGUCUCUUGUUGAAUUGGCGGCAUAUCUGAGAGGUACUUGCCCCUGGAGACGAUAAUGAUGAAAAUUGCAAAAACAGAUGAAAACUAUUCAAAUAUCUAUAUGGAUAAUAUAUAGAUGCCUAGCUUGAGAAUAAAUUAGAUGGACAUGGAUAAUAUCUAUAAUGGGAGAGACAUGGAUCAAUCACCGUGUAUAGGCAAUGAGUUGCCUCAUUCUCGAGGAGCACUUUUUAGUAUCAAUUCAAAACGGUUGUUCAAGAGAGAGUUGGGAGAGAUAUCGAUAUAAGAUUUUUAAAUGUACAAGAAAACAUUUCCUAUUACAGUAACUGCUUCAUGCUUUCAGACGUACCUGUUUUUAUGUGAUUUAUUUUGUAUUUUUUUACCCCCAUUCACUUUUUUGACAUUUGACAAAAGCAUGAUUUAAUAACCUUGUCAAUGUUAACACAUCCCUGCUACUUCAAAGCAAUGACUGUUCAUUUCUUUCAUCUUUUUGGUAGUCUCUUAUGGAGUCUCUUGAAUCUACAGGUUAUAUUUAAGCAGUGUUCAGUCCAUGUGCAGUAUUACAUCGAGAGACAUACCAGAGGAAGUUAGAAGGAUAUGGUUUAAGGCUAGACGGCUAUUAGUUUGUUCAAAAUUUUGCAUUGCAGAUUUAGUUGUUCGUUCAGUUAUUUUCAGCAGUUGUAUUGGCUCUAACCACUUCAUCUUUUUGUUAUGCAGUCAAUGAAACCUUUUUGGCUCAAAAAUGUAGUUACUAGACUGAUGCCUCCUAUAGCACAUGAGGCACAUGUUUUUGGUACUUACGAUUGUUGAAUCUGGGACACAACUUCUGUGCAGAUGUAAAACCAAAGGACUAUGGAAAGGUUCAUGGAAACUGCAAUAAUAUUGGCACUUAAUGUCUACUCACUCACAUACUGUACCUUUUGAAGACCCCCAGUCAAAUGAACUAGUCUGCUGGUGUGCUAAUAGUGUUUUGUCAUUGUUUUGCAACCAGAAAAAACAACAACUAAAAAACUAUGUUUUAGGACAAUGUUGCAGGUAAUACAGGUUAAAUACUGUAUAAUACAGGAAAAAAAAUUACGAUACUACCUUGGAUUGUAUUUGCAGGUGCAAAUGUGUAAUUGAUGUAACGUACGUCACCUUAUCCACAUAUAUUAUUUGCUUCAAAACUGGAAUUGUAUAUCAAAAUCAUUUCUCUCUCUUACUCUCUCUUGCAGACUGAGAUGCAUAUUUGUAACUUCAAUUUGUUUAGUUUUUCAAAUGUCAACUCUUAGAAUUUUCAAAUGUAAUUUUUUUCUGAUGUCAAUAUUAAGUUAAUCUUAAAAGUUAUUUUGUUUGUUAUGAAGUUAAAAAAAAUCAAACAUAUUCAAACAAAAUUGUAUCGACUAAAAGAAAAAUGACACUAUUUGCUAUGUCAAAAGUAAUAAUGACUUGUACAUAAGCUUUUUUCCUCCCUUGGAUUGAAAAAAAAAGACAUUUAAAUGGUUGUAUAUUGUGUAGAAAAGCAAACAAAAAGCCAUGAAUAUUGUGAAGCUUGUCAUUUCGUUUUGUGAUCACUGUGUAUUAUUGUGUAACAAAUGUGCAAAAUGUAUGGGAUUAUUGUUCUUUACUUUCUUUUAGGUGCAUUUUUUUACCCAUUUUCUUUUCUUUUUUUUCUUUUGUAUUUUUUUUUGUGAUUAGUGUCUGCAGGAAAAGUGAUCUUUGUUCUGGUGAAAAGUUUGAUCUAUUCCACAGGUUUACUUUGGUGUUUUUUGAGAACAGAGGUGUUUUUCUGUCUUUUCUUUUUGUUUUGUUACACAAGCCCACCCCCUUUCCAAAAUGGAUGUGGCAUGGAUCAAACUACCGUCAGUAUUAUCCGCAUCUCAUUGUGAGAGAAUUCACUUUUGUAUACAAACGGUGAAUGCUUUUUCAGCUAUAAAUUGGGCUGCAGUGCUACCUGCACGAAUGUCCCAUUGUUUUACAUUUUCUUGCACCAGUUGUCAACAUGAAAAUGGAUGGGAAAAGUUCUGCCACCAUACAUAUUUUGAUCUUGAAGCAGAUGGAUCUAAAUUAAUUAUUGCUUGCUGCCUGCUUCAAUGAGAUUUGAAUAAUUUGACAAUACUGACACUGUUAAAGUUGUUAACCUGCAUGGGGUAUUAAACAUGACCUGGGGGACUGAUCACAUUUCCUUGCUAUACAAAUGUAUUACGUUGUAUUAGUGAUAUAAUUUCCUAAUGACAUAUUAGCUAUUGUUGCAAAUACAGGGAACGUUUUUGAAGGGGUGGGUGGGUAAUAUAAUCGCAAAUCAUUUUCUAAAUUUAAAAUUGAAAUGUUGAAGGUUUUUUAUUGAAUAAACUACAAAUCCUCAGUUUAAACAUUUGCAUAAUUUCGAUAUUGUAAAUUGAGUUUGUGGGAAAAAAAUACUCAGUCUUUAAACUGUAUCAAUUGAAUGAGAUAUGGGGUAGGAGUGGAAAAUAUUAAAAUUAAUAUGAUAAGAGAUUAAACGAAGUCUUUUUUGUUUUGAUUUAGUCAAUCCAGACCUUUUGCACAUGUUCCUUGGUAUUUAACUGUCUUAAAAAUAAAAAAAAAGGAUAAGAAAAAAAUACUAUAUGCUGUUUGAAUACUGCCAAUUGAUUAAUAACAAUUAUGCAUUGACUGAAAAAAUAAGCUAAUUUUUGAGGAAAUAACUUUGUAAUAUUUAUCUCUUGCAAGCUAUGUUUAAUAAAGGAUGGAACAGUUUA